UGAAAAGCACAAAUUGCGUGUAGUAUUUUCAAAACACGGAUGUUUUCGUUAUUCAAUUACAGGUAGAAAUAAAAAUAAUUAUUCGCUUCUUUCAAGAUGAAGCUAAUACAUAGGGCUAUAGAAAAGGAUGGUAGUGGGUCUAUAACCCUAAUACCAGAAGAAUCUGAAGAUAUGUGGCAUGCUUAUAAUCUUGUUGCUGAAGGUGAUACAUUAAAAUGCUCGACAAUUCGGAAAGUCACAACAGAAUCUGCAACUGGUAGCACUGGGAGUAAUAGGGUUCGCACUACUUUAACAAUUCGAGUUGAAGAUAUAGACUUUGACACACAAGCAUGUAUGUUGCGAGUAAAAGGUCGAAAUAUACAAGAAAAUCAAUAUGUCAAGAUGGGAGCAUAUCAUACAUUAGAUCUGGAGCUUAAUCGAAAAUUUACCCUUUCAAAAUCUUGCUGGGACAGUAUAGCUCUAGAAAGAAUUGACAUGGCAUGUGAUCCAGCACAAAAUGCUGAUCUUGCAGCAGUUGUUAUGCAAGAGGGUCUUGCCCAUGUAUGCUUAGUGACGUCUAGUAUGACAAUUGUACGUGCCAAAAUCGAUGUAAAUAUUCCUCGUAAACGAAAAGGAAUGUGUGCACAGCAUGAUAAGGGUCUUGAACGUUUUUUUGAUUCUGUUUAUCAAGCAGUAAAUCGACACAUUAAUUUUGAUAUUGUUAAAUGUGUUCUGAUUGCUAGUCCAGGAUUUGUAAAGGACCAAUUCUUUGAAUACAUGAUACAGCAAGCCAUUAAGAUGGACAAUAAAAUUAUACUGGAAAAUAAAGGUCUGUUUGUGUUAGUGCAUGCUUCUUCAGGAUUCAAACAUUCUUUGAAAGAAGUAUUAUCUGAUCCAGCAAUAUCCAGUAAACUAGCGGAUACCAAAGCAGCUGGAGAAGUGAAGUGUCUAGAACAGUUUUAUAGUAUGUUAAUGAAUGAGCCCAAUAAAGCUUUUUAUGGUGUGAACCAUGUAUUAAAGGCUAAUGAAGCUCAAGCAAUUGACACUUUAUUAAUUAGUGAUAAAUUAUUCAGAUGUAAUGAUGUUAAGAAAAGGAAAAUGUUUGUUGAUUUAGUUGAUAGUGUAAGAGAAAAUGGUGGAGAAGUAAAAAUGUUUUCUAGUUUACAUCCAUCCGGUGAACAACUUGAUCAACUGUCUGGUCUUGCUGCUAUACUUAGAUUUCCAAUGGAAGAACUUGACGAAGAAGAAAACGAUUCCAGUGAUGAUGAAAACUGAUAAAUCGAUUGUGAUAUUUUAAUAAAGGCUUUCUAAAUUAUUUUAGGCGAAAAUAAAACUUGCAUUUAUUUAUUAAAUGUACACAUUUUAUUUAUUUAACUUAUUUUGAAAGUGGAGAUAUCUUGUAAUGAGAAUAACUGUUGUUUAAUGGACUUUGUUAACUAUUUGUUAACUUUUUAAAAAUUCCCGUUACUUGCAUGAAUGCUGUUACUUCUUUUUAGAAUCUGUUUAUAAUUUAUAAAACUUUCAAUAAUAUUGUAAAUAUUGAUAAAAGUUCGUUAUUUAA